CGAAGCGAAAGAUCGAAGAGAAAAGAAACCCUAAGAAGAAACAGCAACAGCUCUUCGUCUCCCUCUCCCUCUCCCGAAAACCCGAACCCUAGGAAGCUUACCUACGCACAUCCAUGGCGUUGGAUUCGAAAGUAGGAGGAGGAGGAGGAGGGGGGGGGCACGUGGAGACCCUCCAAAUCGACGAGAUCUACGAGUUCUCCGCGCCGAGGUUCUUCGAUUUCAUCAACGAGGAGACCGAGGAGGAGAUCCGGAGAGCCGAGUUCUGGUUCGAGACCUCUCUCAGCUACGCUCCUUCGCCUUUCAUGCCGAGGAUUAAAGAGGGGAGAUCGGUUAAAAUCGACACCAUUUGUGAUUUUGGAGAAGCCGAUUCGACUCGAAAGGAAUCAGGCCCAGAAAAAACUUGUGAUGAAAAGGAUAAUCAAAUGAUUGUAGAAGAGAACACUGCUAGUGUCGACAAAGCCGUCGAAAUCAACAAAGGAAAGCAGCAAGAAGCACAGCAUAGGAAGAGUUCCUUUGAUUUUGUUAAGCCUUGCGAGAAUGGCACUCACCCUCGGCAAGAGACAAGUUCUUUGGUUGAUAGUAUUAACUCAUCUGCGCCGAAUGCUAAUGAGAGUAAAGAAGAAGUUCCUUCAUUUGAGUUCCCUGUCCAACCUUCAUUAAAUGAGAAUACAAUCCCAGAUAAUGUAGCUUUGACACCCAAAACACAAAAGGCUUCGACAAAACGAGUAGCACCCCCUAGUGUGAAAAACCAAGUUGCCGAAUCUUGCACUCCUAAAACACAAAGAAAUCCUGCUAACGGACCGAACUUGACGGCUAAGAAGAUUGCUAGUAUGUUUAAGCAACCAUCUGCUCUAAAGCCGAAGGUUAAGUCACCUCCUGCACAAUCUUGCAAAACCGCAAAAGCAAAGAGUGGAAUCAAGAGUUACAUAAAUGGAAAGAUUACAAUGGCAACUGAUGUUACUCAUGAAAAUCAGGCAAUAAAGAGGCAAAAACUGGAUUGUGGAAAAGCUAGACAGAUACUUGAUGUGAAAAAUAGGGUGCUGCCCCACAAGUUGAGGCCAGGUUUAAUAGGCAGCAAAAAUAUGUUAUCCUCUGUUUCAAAAGGUCAUAAGGAAUUUAAGGAGGUGACGCCAUUUAUAUCCGCUGCGGAAAUGGUUAAGAAGUUUGAAUCAAGAACUAGAGAGUUGGAUCUCUCGCAGAACAGAUCACUUUCACAUGAGGAUUCAGCUUCAGUAAUUCAGCGAAGGCCUAGGCUAAUCCUGACUAGGCCAAAGGAACCCGAGCUUCAGACCGCUCAUAGAGUUCGUGCAGUUAGAGUGAAGAGCUCCGAAGAGCUCGAGCAGGAGAUGUUGGCAAAGAUUCCCAAGUUCAAAGCCCGGCCUUUUAACAAGAAGAUUCUUGAAGCACCUUCACUCCCUGCAUUACCGAGAAGUAACCCACAACCGCCUGAGUUUCAGGAAUUCCAUUUGAGGACAAUGGAGAGGGCGAUCCGGCAUGCAGAAACCUCUUCAGCAGUCUCCUCACUAGAUGCUUCUUCUCAGCAGAAUCAUAGCAAACCCCUCAAACUUACUGAGCCAAGACCUCCCCAACUUCAAACGGAACUACGAGCGCGACCACCAAAGGUGAAAAGUUCUCAGGAGUUGGAAUUGGAGGAACUUGAAAAGGCUCCAAAGUUUAAGGCUAGGCCAUUAAACAAGAAGAUCCUUGAGAGCAAAGGAGAUAUCGGUUUAUUCUCUCAUCCAAAGCCCCAAAUAACCACUCCCCAAGAGUUCCACUUUGCAACGGAUGAUCGGUUGGGACAACCUGCAUCAGUUGUCGAGCUCUUCGACAAGCUUUCGUUGCACUCGGAAACGUCUUCCAUUCAUGGCAAAGGAGAAGUCCCAAGAAUCACAAUACCUAAUCCUUUCCACCUCCAUACGGAGGAGAGAGGCCAUGACAAGGAAAGGAAGUUUACUAUACAGAUCUUUCAAAAGGAAUUGGAGGAAGAGAAAGCUAGAAUUCCUAGGGCUAACCCAUAUCCAUACACUACAGACUACCCAGUGGUACCGCCGAAACCCGAGCCUAAGCCAUGUACAAAACCUGAGGCUUUUCAGCUGGAGAGUUUAGUGAGGCAUGAAGAGGAGAUGCAAAGGAUGUUGGAAGAGAAGGAAAGGAUGGAGAGAGAAGAAGCGCAGAGGAGGAUUUUCAGAGCACAACCUAUCAUGACAGAGGACCCUCUACCAGUUCCUGAAAAGGAGCGAAAACCUCUUACCGAAGUUCAGGAAAUUGUACUCCAUGUGGAUCAGAGGUCCAUGCAGAGAUCAGAAUUCGAUAAGAAGAUUAAGGAGAAAGAGAUUGUGUAUAAAAGAUUGAGAGAAGAGCAAGAAUCUGCAAAAGUGAUCGAAGAGGAAAAGGCCCUGAAACAAAUGAGGAGGACAAUGGUGCCCCACGCGAGGCCCCUUCCAAAGUUUGACAAUCCAUUUUGUCCGCAAAAGUCGAUGAAGGAAGUAACAAAGCCAAAGUCGCCGGAGCUUCGCGUGGACCGUCGAAGGGGGAGGCGACAUGCCCUCCACAUGAGAUGAUUUUUCGCGACGCUAUUGUCAUGUUGUAUACAUCUUAAGGUACAAAACAGAAAUCCAAAAAGAGAAGAACAUUAAGUGUAGAAGAACUCUUACUUCUUUAUGAUGUAUCCUACCUUUUUAUCCAACAGAAGUUGAGAGAAAAAGGUGGAAAAGAAGCUCCAGAGUUCAGUAGCUGUUAUCAUGCAUUCUUUGUGUUGUUCAUGUAUUUCCAGUACAUGUGUUUCCAGAUUCUUCAUGAAAUUUUAUGUGGGUGUGACAUGUUCAUUUAACAGAAGAAUUUAUUAUUCUCUUUGGAGCUUGAAGUUUAUAAAUUGAAGAAUAAUAUAGGAAAUAUUGAGUUAUAUUGAUGCAU